ACAUAGUAAAUUUUUGACUUACGUGCGUAUGCACGACGCAUUGAUUUCGUCACAAUUAAUACAGAUUUUUUAGUUUUUCAGUCCUUGUCUUUGUUAAUAUGUAUAUAGUUUCAUAAUAUAGCUAUUUUAGAAUACCGUUAACUUGUUUUUUAUGGGCUGAUUACUUUUAGUUGACCUAUGUGUCACCCACCAAUCGAGAAAGUAAAUUAGAUAACUAGAAGUUGAAAAUAACAAAGUGCUAUCAAGAUGGUUAAAAUAUAUGCAUUAGGUGUGCUAUACAAAGGCGUAAACAGUGCUACAUUAUUGAAAGCUGCAUACAACUUACAGAGCUUCAGUAUAUUCCAACGUAGUUCUGUUCAGGAAUUUAUGGUGUUUGUGAGUAAGACAAUUGUUGAAAGAACUCAGCCAUCAUCUCGGCAGUCAGUAAAAGAGGGGGAGUAUAUGUUGCAAGUAUAUGUAAGGGCUGACAACCUAGCGGGAGUCCUGAUAUCUGACCAUGAGUACCCCAACAGAGUGGCUCACACAUUGAUCACCAAGAUCCUUGAUGAGUUCACAGCGGCAGUCCCUGCUAGCCAGUGGCCCACUGGUACUGAGGACAGAACAGACUUCCAUCUUCUGCCAGAAUACCUUACAAAAUACCAAAACCCCAGGGAAGCGGAUGCUUUAACUAAAAUCCAGAAUGACUUGGAUGAGACAAAGAUUAUUCUGCAUGACACUAUAAAAGCGGUGUUAGAAAGAGGAGAGAAACUUGACGAUGUGGUGGCUAAGACUGAGAGUCUAUCGAUGCAGAGUAAAUUGUUUUACAAGACUGCAAGAAAGACUAACAGCUGCUGUAAUUUCUAAAGGAUUCUGAUGUUUACCUGACUUGGCCAUAGUUAUAUUAAAUAAAUAUGAUUUGUUGUGUAAAUGGAGAUUAAAAGCUCCAUAAAUGUUGUGGCAAUAAAUAUAAUCACUAAAAAAUCUUAGGUGAAGUGUUUAGUAUUAUUUUUGUGACAUUCUCAUUAUAUAUUGAGUUAUAUAGGUGUAACAUAUUGUUUUGGAGAUAAAUUAUAUUGGAAAUAACAUGUUUAUCACAACUUGUAAAUGAUCUGUACUCUGGAUUCUUAAAUGGACUUGUUAUUGUGAAGUCAAGUCCCUACAUUGCUUUAUAUUGUUGUCUUCUGAGAUAACAUAAUUGUAAAUGGUUCUGAUUUAAGAGCUUAUAGUCAGUGCCAGCAGGCAUAAGCCAUGGAUUACUGUCUCCUGUUAUUACUAAUUAUAAAAAAUGUUACUAUGUUGCCAAACCAGCGUUGUCAUCACAAUGAUACUGAUAAGAAAAUCAGGUAUAGCUUAUACUGUGGCCUAAGUGUUAAAUUAUUGUGAAAAUACCCAUUGAAGUAUAAAAAAUAAACAGUGUUUUUAAUUUUUGCUAUCUUGUCUUUUUAAAGCAAUAUUCAAUGAUGUCUCAAAAUUGCUAAAUAUCUUUUUCUUUCUUUUAAAAAAUCGUGGCACUGUGGUAUUUUUUGUACUGAUGGGUAUUAAAGUUAUGCUGCACACAUCCAAUCUAUUGUAAGUUUGUUGUUCUAAUUGUAAUCUCACUGUAGUAUGCUGUUGAACAAAUAGUUAUUAUAAUGUAGGUUAUAUAUUAAAUGUUGUGGGUGUUAUUCAUGUGUAUGGAUAAAUAUGCUUUUCCCAAUGUUCUAGUUUUUCAAACUAGAUCUUUAAUGUAUACUUUGUGUAUAACAAUGUCUGUACUAGCUCUUAUGGCAGGAGUGCGGAAGAAUAUUAGUGCUUUUUUAAAUAGAGCUAUUCUUUCUCCUAGUAUGUUGAUCAAUGGCACGUUAACAGUAUUUACGUUGGUGUUGCUCUCGCGUGUAUAGGUGUACUCACUGGGCAGCUCAACAAGUAGGUCAAGGUUUGAGAGGAGAUACCAGACUCAUGACUCAGGCGCACUAUAGCAUCUACAAAAGACUGCCGCACCCUAUCUGCUGUGAAAUGUGAACAUUGAAAUAAACUCGAAUUUAAUAAGCUAGCACUCAAAUAAUUGUUAUUGUUGUACAUGUAUUUUUUACGGGAUGCUAUAUAGACACAGUUUUAAACUCGGGCUUGUGGCAUCUCUGACUCACUAGAGACUGCUACUAUAUCGAGAAAACCGCCUCUGAUAACCCAAACGACACGUUUAUAGAGUUAUUACUAUUGUUAUACUCAAGGCAUACAAACUAAACCGAAUGCAUGAUAAGAGCAUUUUUAUGUCUGAUCGCUACAAAGUAAUAAAAAUAUAUUAUACCAAUAUCUACAGAAACGGAUGUGUGUCAGCAAUGAUUUAUACAUAAUUAUAAUGAAGUCCUUAUUGUAGUCCCUGUUAAAAAGCUAGAAUAGACAUCCAGUUAUGAGAUAUGUAGUGUAUGUUAUAAAGCACAUACUGAAAUCUGUGAGUGUGUAGUUUAUUUGUUUUAUUAUGACAUACUCAACAGCGCACAGUUCAUCCUGUUUUACAUGUUAAGAAGUAUUCCUUAUGUUUUCGGAGUUCUUGUAUGUACCAUGUAUUUAUAAAUGAUAAUUUUUUUUGUUCCAUAUCUUAUGAAUAACUUAUUCUCAUGUCUGCGUUUACAAUACCUGCCCUUGCAAUAAAAAAUAAAUAGUCGCAAUAUGAAAUCUUUGUCCAAUUCUCGAGCGGCUAAUCAAUUUUUAUUUUUAUAAUGAAUAUGUAUUUAUAUUUGUUUGUGGUCAUAUAUAAGAAACUGUUACUUCUAUACACUGUAAAAAUAUUGAUCCGUGAAUGUUACUACUAUCGAAGACUCUUGGGAUAUUGGGCAAUUAUCUAAUUGGAUUGAGACGUUGACUAAAUAAUGGCGCAUUGCGGCGGAAGUGUUAACGACUGUUCAAUUUAUGUUCGAAUUUGAAAUGUAUAAUUAUGUUUUCAGUAUAAGAUUUUGAUGGCUAACAUAGUGACUAUUAGAAGCUUGUUGUUUAAACUCCUUACUCUUCUUUAAAACCUUAAUUACCAAUUCUAAGGCAUACCGUACGAAAACUAUGUAAAUCCCACCUAUUUUCUUGAAACUGCUUUCUAACUGAGCUUAAAUUACAUGUUUUCAUCGUUAACAUUUUUUUAUGUGUCAAAGUUUUUUUAACAUGUGGCUAAAUAUUGAAGCAUAACUAAUGCCUCUAUAUUCAUUAACUGUUAAACUUACAAAAAAAAAACUGUUUUGAAAUAACUUAAUUAGUGCAAAAGUCAAAUGCAGUACUUACUCAUGAAUUGGUUAUGGUCCUUGAUUGCACUUUUUUAUUUCAUCAAACAUUGAAAACGAUUAUCAUCUUUGAUUUAGCAAAACAUUCCUAUUGGUAGAUUAGAUCUGUACCAUCAUGAUAUAAAUGAUAAACGAUGUAAAGUGAAGAUAUUUAGAAUUGACUGAGAAUAUUUGUCUAGAUUGCUUGUAUACAAUUAUUUGCCAGUUAUAUUAAGUAUCUAUGGCAUGUAAUGGUCGGCAUGGCCUAGGCCAAGUACAUAAGAAACGGUCCUGAUUGAACGAAAGUUCUAGACCGUUUACCAUCUUCCAGUCAAACAUUUGACAACAGCUUUAUAUCAAAGCAGUGAGGUCGAUCAUAACGACGAUACGGAAAUUGUAUCAUUUUUUUUCAUGUUUACACUGCGACACUUAUGUACGUGCGUGGUUCACAAGAAAUAUCUCACUUGAACACUGACACACUCAGUGUGAUGUCCUGAGUAGGUGGGUAUAUUAUACAUGGUGUCAUAGUGUAAACUUGGAAAAAACAGUAUAGUAGUACCACAUUUGUAAAAGAAACCAAUACACCUACUAAACGAAUGUUCUAUCCAGAGAGCCAUCUUUGUGGUCAUGCAAAUAUGCAAUGUAACUCAAAACAAUAAAGUCUGUUUUUCAAUGACAUGAAUAUUCUAGUUUAUUCGGUUAGGUGAAAUCUUUUCUGCGCGAACGUAUGUUGCGCAAGGAAAUUAGAAAUGUGGUACUACAUACUAUAGUAAUUAUAGUUAUUGUUAAAUAAAAUAAUCGAUUGAUAAGAUAGAUAGAUAUUCUUGUGAAUUUGGAUGUGAAUUGUAAAAUUAUAUAAAUGUGUAACAUCGCAGAUUGUUCGUCUGUGUAUAAUAUCUACUUAACAUGUAAUGGAAGUUGGAUGUUAUUUAUUGUAUACUUGCUUCAUGGCGUGUUAGUCUACAAAUAAAUCGAUAUUUACAAUUAA